UUCCUACUCAUCUACAGCUGACAGAUAUUUUUACUAAAAGUCUCUCUAGUCAACGUUUUCAUUUUUUGAAAGACAACCUGCGCGUUGUAUCUCCCGCACAGUUUGAGGGGUGUAAUAGAAUUAUUAGAGGCUUAGUAUUGUACUUUACAUUAAACUCUCUUUAAUAUAAAUAUAUCUGUCAGGGCUCCUCAGGGGUAACCUUCCCAUUAUUCUCACACUGAAGUUCGCCCGAUCUCAGGCGGACUACAUCCUGGGCAAUAACCCGAUGAGCAUGAGUUACCUGGUCAGGUACGGCCCACGCUUUCCCCAGCGUGUUCACCACAGAGCUGCCUCCACCGACACCAAAAGCGCGGCCUUCCUUUCCCAGCUCGCCGAACCAGCUGAACAGCAGUGCAGAACAUCGUACGCAACGUGGUACAGAAACCCCGAUCCAAAUCCCCACAUCCUCACUGGGGCCCUUGUCGGCAGUCCGGGUGAGGAUGACCAAUACGCGGAUCUCCGGUCAAACUAUGAGCAGUCCGAGGCAACAAUGACUGGCACCGCCGUUUUCUUCCGCCUCUUGGCCAGUUUAACAUCAUCGUCAUCACAAUCCCCGGCCGCAAUCCAGUUCAUGCACUCCAUAGUCUCUAAAUGGAGCGUCGGAGCAUCCCAGUUUUGCAAGCACCGGGUUGUGAUCAAGAACGCAUCCCAUAACAUGGCGGUUACGGAUCUCAAGCUUAGGAUUGAUCACUUGUCCCCUGAAACCACACUGUGGGGGCUGUCCAGGCUGCAGGCCGCGGUUGUUGAUGGUGGUGAUCAUGAUCAGGAUCAGGCGGUACUUAACACAACGGCGGCCGAAUACGCCCUUCCUCACUGGGCAACUUCGAUUCACCCUAAUUCACGACACGUUGUUUUUUAUGUCCAAGAUUGUCGUCAAGCCAAGAUCACCCUUCUCAGCUACCGCCAACUCUAGCUAAUUAUUCAAACUAUUUAUUACUGUAAUAAAUUAUGUACUAAUACUACUUUUCCUUUUCAUUUAUGACACUACUAUACUCUUUGUGGACCUGAUAUUUCCUUUUCCUUUUAUUUAUUCAUGUAAUAAAUUACUACACCAG